GCCUCCUCCCAAACCAGUGCCCCCAUCCCCUUCGUGACCCUACCACUGGCGUUAUCCACAGUGCCAGCAGCCACAUUUCCAAUGGCCCCGAAGCUGAAGCUAAAGCUUCUAGUAGACCAGCAUUCCAACCACGUCCUCUUCGCCGAGGCCGGCAAGGACGUGGUCGACUUCCUCUUCGACCAUCUCAACCUCCCCCUCGGCUCAGUCGCCCGCCUCCUCUCCAAGUACCGCAUACUCGGCUCCAUCGACAUGGUUCGCGACAGCGUCGAAUCCCUCGACUGCGCCUACUUCAUCGACCCCACCGAAGAUCGCCUUGCCCUCCUUAAUCCCCAAGUCUUCUCGUCCACUCUCUCCCUUACCUCUCUCCUCCUCGAAAACGAGAUGUCCUUGGCCUCACCUGCCUCACCUGUUAAGAAGUAUUAUCGUUGCACAGGAACUGACAGCAGGGGCUACUAUCGGAGUGAUUGCAGUGGGAAUUUUGGCCACGUGACGGAUGUUUGUGGGACGCUGUGUCCGGCUUGCCGUCAGGGGAUGACGGUGGAGAUGCAGUUCGUGGCUGGGGAGGCAGCCUCCAAGGCGGAGAAGGCAAGGGCGGAGGCUGGAGGUGGGUACGUCAAGGGGAUGGUGACUUACAUGGUGAUGGAUGACUUGUCCGUGUUGCCCAUGUCUACCAUCUCUGCUAUUACUCUGCUUAAUAAGUCGCACAUUAAAGACGUGUCCUCGCUCUGUGAAUGGACCGUGGAAUUGGGCAUGGAAGAGGGGAUGGAGCUGCUGAAGGCAUCGCUGCGGUCGACGACGGUGCUGUCGGACGUAUUCCUUGGGAAGUCCAAAGUUGGUGUGCCCGUGGAUUGCUCGUGAAAAUAUAAUGGAUUUAAAAAAGAGAGAGAGAUUGCCCCGAAUUAUUAAGCUAUGUACAAAGGAUGUGCAAGAAAUAUUAAUUCCUAUAAAUUAUAAAGG